AGUGUCCCAGGAUUCCCCGCGGGCGGAGCCGUCUCGUCAGCAGGGCCGCGGUCGCGGCAGCGGAGGCAGUGAAUGGCGGCCUGUGGGCGCCUGUGAGGAGGCGGCGGUGCGGCCGGAGGAGGAGAAGCGGCGGCUGUCAGAGCGCGGAGUAGGGAGGAGGGCGAGGGCGAGCACCCGGCGGCAGCGCUGCAGCCCGGGAAGGGUCUAAUGGCGGCCGGGUCGCCGCCUCCGGGAGCCCGGGCCUGUUAGUGCCUCGGCCGGCCCAGCGCAGGAUGUCGGAGAACCCGCCGCCCCCGCCCGGCCCCGGGAACGCCCCAGGCAGCGGCCCGGCCAACUCGGCCGGCGGGGCCGGGCCCGGGGGGGCGGCGGCCGGAGGCGGUGGGGCCGGGACCCCCCGCGGGGCGCGCACCCCCAACCUCAACCCCAACCCUAACCCGCUCAUCAACGUGCGCGACCGCCUCUUCCACGCGCUCUUCUUCAAGAUGGCCGUGACCUACUCGCGCCUCUUCCCGCCUGCCUUCCGCCGCGUCUUCGAGUUCUUCGUGCUGCUCAAGGCACUCUUUGUGCUUUUCAUCCUGGCCUAUAUCCACAUUGCCUUCUCUCGCACACCGAUUAAUUGCUUGGAGCAUGUGCGAGACAAGUGGCCCAGAGAUGGUAUCCUUCGAGUAGAAAUUCAACACAACUCCAGCCGGGCUCCCAUCUUCCUCCAGUUCUGUGAUGCAGAGAGCUUCCCGGGCAUGGUGAUAGAGUCUGAGGAGGAGGAAGAGGAGGAGGAGGAAGAUGAAAUGACAGUAGAGAUGUUUGAGAACAGCUCCGUCAAGUUUGAGCUGGACAUUGAACCAAAGGUGUUCCUGAAGCCUUCCCGGGUGAGCAACCCUGAAGCAUUGACCGAGAUGGCCAAGAACCAAAGCCAGGAGCUUUCCUUCACUGAGGCGACGACUAAAGGUAUGCAGCCUCUGAUCGAGACUGUGUCGGAAUUUGAGAUGCUAGCCAGAGCAGUAUGGCCCCAAGAAGAGUACAUAGUGGAGUAUUCCCUGGAGUAUGGCUUUUUGAGAUUGUCUCAGAGCACUCGGCAGCGCCUCAGCAUCCCAGUCAUGGUGGUGACACUGGACCCCACAAGGGAUCAGUGCUUCGGAGACCGAUUUAGCCGUUUGCUCCUGGAUGAAUUCUUGGGUUAUGAUGAUGUUUUGAUGUCCAGUGUGAAAGCCCUGGCAGAAAAUGAAGAGAAUAAAGGUUUCCUGCGCAACGUUGUAUCUGGGGAGCACUAUCGCUUUGUCAGCAUGUGGAUGGCGAGAACUUCCUAUCUGGCUGCCUUUGUCAUUAUGGUCAUAUUUACUCUAUCCGUCUCAAUGCUCCUUCGGUAUUCGCACCACCAGAUUUUCGUUUUCAUUGUGGACCUCCUCCAGAUGUUGGAGAUGAACAUGACGAUCGCCUUCCCUGCCGCACCCUUGCUCACAGUGAUUUUGGCUCUUGUCGGUAUGGAAGCCAUCAUGUCUGAAUUCUUCAACGACACCACCACAGCAUUCUACAUCAUCCUCAUCGUGUGGCUGGCUGACCAGUACGAUGCCAUCUGCUGCCACACCAACACCAGUAAGAGGCACUGGCUGAGGUUCUUCUACUUGUACCACUUUGCCUUUUAUGCCUAUCACUACCGAUUCAACGGCCAGUACAGCAGUUUGGCCCUGGUCACUUCUUGGCUCUUCAUCCAGCAUUCCAUGAUCUACUUUUUCCAUCAUUUUGAGUUGCCAGCCAUCCUCCAGCAGAUCCGCAUCCAGGAGAUGUUGUUGCAGAACCAGCAGAUUGGCCAGGGCACCCAAACAGCCCUACAGGACAAUCUCAACAAUAAUACUGCAGCCGCAGCCAUGGCCCCUGGGAGUCCCAGGCCCUCUCUACAGAAUGGGAGCAACAGCCAGCCAGCCCCUGGGGAGGGGCCUGGCCCCACCCCUGCCUCUGUAGGGGGUGAACUGAACUGGAUGGCUGAGACAGCCACUAUCUUCACGGACCCUUCAUUUCUCUCUGAUCUGAGCGCCUCCCUCCUAGAGCAGAGAGCAGGACAUGGAGCCCUGGCUAAUGGAAGUCCCCCCAGUGUCCCAGCUGCCACUGCUUCCCCUGGCCUAGUUGCCCAGAUCCGAGUUAGCGAGAGCACUGGGGCAACCACUAGCUCCAUAACCAUUGAAGUGACAUCAGCAACAUUGGUCACCCCCCAGGCAGAUGGUACAACCCCUGAGCCUCCAGCCUCCCCUCCACCCCAUAUCACUGUCACCCCUGAACCUCCAACCCACCCCACUGGCACCCCUGAGGCAGCUGCUCCCCUUGAUGAUCAGACUAGGGCCAGUCCACGCUCACUUGGUAGCCAGGACAUUGUCACUGUCUCCGAGAGCAGCCUCUCCAAGGUCCCAGGCCAAGGCCCCACCUCAGACAAGGGUAUGAGUCCAGAUCUUCAGGCCACACAGGAGAGCCAUCCCUCCUCCAAAGACAAUGGUGCCCCCCAAGACACCCUUUCAGAAGCAGAGUUCAGGAGCCCCUCGUGAGCACUUUUGCUGAUCCUCGAUAGGGCAGAGGGAAUCUCUCUGUCCCUGUCAGAUACUGGCUCUUUUUCUUCCCCAACCAGAUUCAGAUGAAUUUUUACAAUUAUUUUUAAACCCACUGAGUGAAGGCAGCUUCAGAGAAAGCAGCCUUCCGGAGGCAUGGGCCUUACCAGGGGCAGGUGGUCCCAGCUCUGUUCCCCCCCUGGGCUCCGUGGGGAGAUGUCACCUGAUCUCAGCAGUCUCCAGAGCAGCUGGUUUCUUUGCCCAACCCCUGCCCUGACCCAUGGGCUUCCCUGUACCACUAUCCUUGGGUUUCUUUUUCCCUUCCAAACUAUUCCUCCUCUCCUCGUCUGGGAGAUAUGCUCCUGUCUCCCCUUCUGGAUGGAGCCCAGGAUAGGCUCUCCUCAUCUCCUUGCUUUGUGCAGACACGUCCUAUUUCUGGUGAUUUCGCCUCUUCUCUCCUCCUGAGCCAUUAGGCCUUUUUCAUGGGACAACUUGUUUCCCUUUGACUGGAGGAGACAUGGAGAGAGACCUCUCUACUCAGCCUCUGUGUGGGAAUUGUUUGAAUGGGGUUUUGUCCACCACCAAGUACUCAGCGGAUUCUCGGUCCUGGAGGCAGCAAGAGCUGGGGCUAGGGUGCGGAAUUUGGAGAAGUGCCAAGGGUGGGGAGAGAGGGAGCUGCUGAGAAGGCCGUAGGAAGAUGCUGUUAGAGCCUAAUGAAGGCUGAGUGAUGCAGAGCCAAAGCCAGUGUGGGGCAGGGUCCCAGGGGCCUGACUAAGCAUAGUCACUGGCCUAGUACAGGGCGGUCAAGGUGUCAGGAGGGAAGGGCCCAGGAAAGAGAUGGAGUCACACCUCUCCAUGGAGAGGAGCUCCAUCUCCAUCCCUCACACUCCAGGCUGCCCCUUCUCUCUGAAGCCUCAGAUGAAGAGAAUCAGGCCCUGAGCAAGCAGAUGCUGUUAGUCGAGAGUGGGUUUGGCUCCAGUUUUGGGGGUGAGAUGCACAGGGUGAGGUGAGAAGCCCAUGAGCAGAAGGGUGGAGCAAAUGGCCCACAGCUGGUGAGGCCUAGCCUUCAGCUGGCACUGAUGGGGCCACAGAGAAGGGAGUAGGAGAGGCCUUCAGCAUGAAAGCUUACUGGGUUCUUCUCUUCCCUCUCCAUCCCUCCCUCCGUAGGGGGUUCUGCUUGGUGCUCAGAGCUCAGUGCCUUUUCUUGGGCCUAGAGGAUGCCUAUUCCCCCUCCCUCCUCCUAGCCAUAGUUUGACUCCCACUGACUCUUAAGGGGGGGUGGUCUGGGAGAGUUCUGUGGAGACAGUGGCAGAUCCAGUGUGAGCCUGGGGUUCUGACCAGUGGGAAGCAGCAUGGUAACCCCAGGCCAUUUCUUAGCCCUCUUGGUUGGCAGGGGAGGAUCUGCUGUGCUCAGUAACUCGGUGCUCCCCUUAUUAGAGGUGUUGGUUCCUGGCAGCUGAAAGUGAACAGCUGAGAGAAAUAACUGUGCCCUUUCGGCUCUGAAAGGAAUCCCCAGAGCUGCCUGAGGAAUGUAAGUGUGCGUGUGUACAUACGUACACGCACGUGCAGAACUCUAGAGUGAGGGUACGGGAAAAGGCAGUCCCCAGAUGUGUAGAACUGAGCACCAUGUGAAGCCAUUGAGUGACACCCACAAUGAAUUUUGUUCAUUAGAGGCAGGAUUUGACUUUAGGUAUCCCCAUGUAUCCUGUUCCUGCUUACAAAGCUGCACCUGGCAAAAUGUUUUAUUCAUAGGGGAGAUGUCUGAGUGGGUAUCAUGGCCCCGGGACUGUAAGAAUUCAGUGGGAAAGCUUUGGCCCCUGGCUCAGGAAAUGGACUGAAAGGUGAUGGGGGCGGGGCAUUCCCCUGCCCAAAGGCCCUGCUCUUGCUGCCAGGAGCAGACUUGGAAAUCUGGGCCCUUGGGCUAGAGUUUUGGGUGAUGAGCUGGAGGCUGAGUAAAUCAACCAAAUCACUUGGUGAGGAAUGAAGAAUAAAAAAUUCAUUCCAUUCUAUUUAAUUGUAAUGUACAAAAAAUUGUGUUUGUAUAUAUAAUAAAUAGUCUAUCUAACA